CCCCCUCCCUCCCUCUCUCUCCCUGCUAUCUGUCCGCAGUCAGAAGCAUCUGGAAUCUGUGCGAAAGGGACUACUCUUUUGUAUCAUAUUAUGUUCGCAUUUUGCAUUUAAAACGGUGCUUUUGACACUAUUUCAGUUUUUAGAUGACUUCCUAUUUCUGAAAGAUCCUCGGAGGGAUUAACACUUUUUUUCUCACUGGAGGAAACUCAACUGGAGAAAUACUUGGAAUAUACUUGGGAAUGUUGCACCACCAAGGAAAACCUACUUUUUUCUGCAUAAACGUCCAAGAAUAAACAACCAGCAUUAUGGGAAUAUUGGAGUGAUUUUCUUCGGUGUGGAAGGGGGGGUUGUUGCAGGACUGUUAUUCCCCCACAUAGAGCAGAUCUGAUCCGGGGUGCAGAGGGGGUUUAAAUGCGGCUGAUUGGAGACCCUGCACCGGGAAACAUGAACAGCAGCAGCGGGUCUGGAAACUUUCUGCUGGUUCCCAUCCCGGAGUAUCCCCUGCUGGACUGCGUGCCCAACAGGACCGCAAAGAUCGUGGUGCUGGGGGCCAGCAACGUCGGGAAAACCGCUCUGAUUGUCAGGUUUCUCACCAAGAGGUUCAUCGGGGAUUAUGAAGCAAACACUGGAGCGCUUUACUCCAGAAAGGUCACCCUGGAUGGAGAGGAAGUGUCGCUUCAGAUCCAGGACACUCCCUGUGUGGCGCUGCAGGACGAUGCUGAAGGCCUGUACUGCCAGGAGCAGAUCAACAG